AUGAUUUCUCUAAAGCAAACACUAGCGUUUCUAUUCAUCAGUGCAGCAAGCGCGUUGCCCGCUAACACUGAGAGGUCCAUACACGAUGGAGAAGUUUCGGCCUUGAUGGCCAACGGGAGAACCUCUCUUGACUCAAGAGCAGUUUGCAAAGCUAGCGAUCCAAACAAUCAAGCGUUCAAGGCGCACAAGGCCGAUGGAUCCGCUUUCUGCUCAACCUACAUACGAAGCACAUCAACAUCUACAGUCACUCCAACCAUCCAAAAGACUGCUUUCAAGACAAACACCGUGACAGCGACUAUAGGCAGUGUUACCCGUGUCACAACCUCUACUACAGUUGUGACCGUCAUCACAAAGACAGAGACUGUAUUAACUGCUGGAACAAAGACGACUACUAUCCCUGUUACUGAUUUCCAGACAACGACACUUUUCACAGUCACGACGACUACCCCUAGAGAUACAUACAUAAAGUGGAGGCCUUCAACGAAGGCUUGGACGACUACCACAAAGACUUUUGAUUACACUCUUGCAACCGUUCCCACCGAUUUUGUUUAUACCGGCGGAACGGUUACUGCUACUACUGUCGUUACCACUACCGAGACAAAACCAGCACCGCCAGUAGUCACUGUUCCUCAAGCUGAGGUUCACUGUGCUAUCGUUGGUAACUCUGGAUCCACACCUGUUGUUACAAAGGGAGAUUCCCUCACCUUCGGCCAGUGUAAAGAUAUUUGCAAAGAUUGGCGCUACUUCGGCAUCAGUGCAUCUCAAUGUAAGUGCUAUGUAUCACAAUUGGUGGAUACGGUUGAGAUGGAUGCAUCCUCUGAUUUCACAUUCUACGAUACAUCAUGCAAUUCCGCGAGCAAAGUAAGCUUACCCAUCGCUGGUCAAAGGCACAACGAUCAUGAGUUAACUCUCUCCAAGCCUCAAAAGCGCAGCAUACCAGUCAAGAGAGCAAUUAUUCAAGUGCCUAGUUAUCUGCCUAGCAAGUCGCCAAGCGCCGUUAGUAGUGCCUGUUCAUGCUUGAUUACGAAGCCCGCUGCUGCCGCCAUCGUAAAAACCACUGCCAAAACUACAAAGACUGUCACAACGACGCAGACUAAGCAGAAAACCGUCUUGGUCAGCACGAAACUGACUAGCUUUGUCACCGACAAGAAAACUAGUACAUCUACCCGCUCGACUACUACGACAAACACAGACUUCCGCACUAUAACGAAGACGGAUCUCAGAAGCGCCAUUGUCACGGACCUCAAGACCUACAUUGUUACCAACUUCGACCACCUUGUUUACGUGACAAAGUAUGAAACUGUUCAGUCUACCAGUUACAGCACGCUUUACUUAACCACCAUUGUUGCCACCGUCACAAUGAUGGACUACAACACCAUUUAUACUACCAAACCGCCCGUGACGGUUACGAAGGACGUUUACACAACUGAGAAGACUGUUGUUGCUACUAGAACAGUAUUGACUGGUGGAUCAACUAUCACAGCCGGAACGACUACUAUCUAUGAGAUCUACAUGCCACCGCAUAUCUGGGCGAAAUAUUGUCGAAUAACACAAUUUAUUUCAUAUUACUCUUUCGUUCCUACCCUUGAAAAGCUCAUUAUGGAUUGGCAAAGUCUCGUUGAUCAACAAUUGAUCGGUUCUGGAAAAGUCAGCCAGGCUGCAAUAAUUAGUCCGGAUGGUGUCUAUACCAGCGGCUCAGAUUUUCAGUUAACUUCCCAAGAACAACAUGCAGUAGAAACCGGAUUCGCAAAUCCUGAUGCAGUACAAGCAAACGGCUUGAGAAUCAAUGGGGAGAAAUACUUUACUCUGCGAGCUAACCCCAGGACAAUUACUCUGAAAAAGAAGGCCGAUGGCGGUGUUGUUGUGAAAACUGGUCAGUUGUAUUUAAUAGCCAUGCAUCAGGCACCAUUACAACAGCCAGAGACAAGUGUGGUCGUUGAAAGUCUGGGAGACUUUUUGACAGGUCAAGGGUACUAA